AUGAGCGAUGGCCUCAUGGGUGCCCUAGCGGCCCAGGUGGCCAUGAACACCACCAUCUCCGCGGCCACCGGCGGCCUCACGGUCUUCAUGCUCCGCUACGCCAUCCUCAAGAAGUACGACGUUGGUGGCCUCUGCAAUGGCAUCCUGGCUGGCUUGGUGUCCAUCACCGCUCCCUGCGGAAACGUCGAAAGUGGCAGCGCCUUUGCCAUCGGCUUGAUCGGAGGAAUUGUCUACCAGGCAGCCUCCAUGUUCCUGCAAAAGCUGGAGAUUGACGACCCGGUGGAUGCCAGCCCAGUUCACGGCUUCUGCGGCAUUUGGGGUUGCCUUGCGCAAGGCCUCUUCGACUGGGGCAAGGGCUUCGACACCUACCACGGAUGGUCAGGAUUCAGUUGCAUGCCUGUCAGCGAGACCGACUCGACCUGCCAAAGCGGCAUUGCCGGCACCGCUCUCGGCGCCCAGUGCAUCCUGGUCAUCAUGGUGAUUCUCUGGGCUGGAUCGCUCUCCGGUAUUGCUUUCUUCUGCCUGAAGAUGACAGGAAAGCUGCGCAUCGACGAGGACACCGAGGAGGUCGGCAUGGACGUGAAGCAGCACUCUCCUCCCAAGGCCUAUGCCAUUGGCCAGGCUCUGAGCAAGGAGAAGCAAGUGGAGCAGGGCACCACCGAGCUGACGCAGGUGCUGACUGGAAAGACGGUGGUCUUCAAUGACUACUCCUGGGGCGGCAAUGAGCCCCAGGAGUCCAUUGAGGAGAAGAUGCAGAAGGCCUGGAAUGCCUCAGAGAGGGAGGAGAACCAUGCCCUCAUCAAGGAGGUUGCAGCAGUUCUCAAGAAGUACCCCUCCUUGCAGCUGCGCCUGAAGGGCAUCUCGAGUGGCCGAGGGAUGAACAACCACGUCACGGAGGCAGCCUUCAGCAAAGACUACUCGACGGACUUCCCUGACGAGCCCAUGGACAAGCGUGAGCCUUACGCCCAUGGUCGCGUACUGAGCAUCAAGCGAAUGCUGAAGAAGGAGGGCAUCAAAGCCGACCGCCUGAUAAGCGAGAUCGUGGUGGCCAGCGGAAGCAAGGUCGAAAUGUCGGUGGAGUGA